AUGUUUCAAGUCCCUGGCUCCACUGCAGAUUCUUCAAAUGGUAGGAAAUCUUGUAUAAGGAGUAGGUAUAGCGAUCGUGCCCCAAAUGAUGCUGAAGAGGACUAUGCUGAUACGAUGAAUUCUGAAACGCCAGGGUACAUAUCGAUAAAAGACUUUGCAUACAGUCAAUCCAAUCCCCUCCAUUAUGGCUAUUUUGAUGAUUCAAACCAUACUUCUGAUAAUGACGGGAUAGAUGGCUCGACUGAGGGCACUAGAGGGAACGAGGGGGCUCAUGAGCAUGAUAAAAGGCAAAGCAUAAUUCUUCCCGACGACUACGUGAUAAACCAGUUGGCCGUUGCGCUGUAUGAUUUUGAACCUGAGAAUGACAAUGAGCUAGAACUCAAGGAGGGAGAUAUAGUAUUCAUAAGUUACAGACAUGGUCAAGGUUGGCUGGUGGCAGAAAACCAUGAGAGGACGAAGACUGGUCUUGUACCAGAGGAAUUCGUGACAUAUUUGAGCGAUGAAGACGAGUUAGCUAGUAAGUACCAUGUGGAUCCAGACUACGGAGAGAAAGCACGCCCAUUCUACCUGACUCAGUUCAUAACCAAUGGAAUGAACGCACAGCCGACUGCGGAUCCAGAGAGUACAAGUAAGAAGGAAGGAGAUGAUGCUGAUGUACAGGCAGAGAAUGACGAUUGGGAAGACAUAGAACAGCUCAAUGAUGAAAUAUCCAGCAAGCUUAAUAUCUCCCGUAAUGAGAAGGUGUAG